GCGGCCCGUCCCACCCGCCUUAUAUCGCCGGUCUCGCCGCGGCAACGCCAGCGCCGCCCGCCAGCCCGGCCCGUCGCGGCCACCGCACCGCACAGCCCGUUCCGUCCCGCCCGGCCCGAGGUUUUUCUCAGGCACCAGGAAUGUCUUCUGAGCCCACUUCAUCUGCUUCGCAGCAGUCCCCCACCUCUCCAUCCUCGCCCAACUCUCUCCAUCUGCCUGAAAACCGCAGGGCGAGAGAUCGCUCCCCGUCGCCCAUGAGAGGGUACCUCAUCCCCAGCCCGCUGCCCACCCGACGGACCAGGACCUUCUCAGCGACUGUGAGAGCAUCGGAGGGUCCCAUUUACAAAGGUGUCUGUAAAUGCUUCUGCCGCUCCAAAGGCCAUGGCUUCAUUACCCCUGCAGAUGGAGGGCCUGACAUCUUCGUACACAUCUCUGAUAUCGAAGGCGAGUACGUUCCCGUGGCAGGCGAUGAGGUCACCUACAAGAUGUGCACCAUCCCACCGAAGAACGAGAAGCUUCAGGCGGUGGAGGUGGUGAUUACCCAUCUAGCUCCUGGAACCAAGCACGAGACCUGGUCAGGGCACGUCGUCAGCUCCUGAGGUGUCCCGGAGGGAGCGCGGCCGCUGCCUGCAUGGUCACUGCUCAACAACUGGCUGCAGGGGACCUGUCCUAAGAAUAUCCUAAGUAUUGUGCGGGAGGAAAUACUGCAUUGUCAAUAAAGCAGAAGUAGGCCAAAAUUACCAUUUUUACUGCUGGCCUCAAAAAAAAGAAAAAAAGAAAAAAAAAGGCAAUUCAGAUGCUAACGAAAAAAAUCUAUCGUAAUGUGUUUACAACAAACAUAUUUUAAAGAGCCCUAGUUUGUGUGCUUGGUGGAGGGGGGAGGUUUGGUUUUUCUUUUCUCUUGUAAACUGAUUCCAGGAGAUGCCCAGGGGAACUGGGGAGAGGUUUGAAGGAGAGCUCUUCCAGCACAGACGGCCGUAGCAGAGGCACCACGACGCCGAGGCCCUGGAGGUGUGUGAGCACCAGGUUCCCUUGAGCUGCCCUUCUGUAGGGGUCGGGGUACACUUGCUGCUGGUAAUGGGGCCUGAGGGCCUUGGCUUGGGAGGGAGGGGUGUUCAUUGCUGCCAUUUGCUUCCUCACAAACAGAGCAGCUGCCGCAGGGUGGAAAAUAUCCAUCUGGUGGUUACGCUCCGACAGCCAGGGCUGGGUGCCCUUCGGGUGCACGGUUGGCAAACGGCACGUCUGCGUAUGUCUGGGACAGUGUGGUUUUAGAGCUUGGAUUGUUUGUGAAUUUACUUAGGUGCCUUGAUGGUUGAUUAGCAACAGAUUUUAUAGGCCAGUAUUAACAAAAAACACAAAACAAAACAAAAAAUCCCCCGAAAUUUUAAAAAUUUGCUUCAAGGUAAGUGGUAGAAAGCUGCAGAGUAGUGGAUACUUCAUAGCCUCUGACUGUGUCUGAAUUUAGACAAAGCUGAAGAUAGAUAACUUUCUUGACUGCGUGUAGUUGCACGUGUGCCAUGGUAUUUCACUGGGCAGGCAGGAUAACUGCGUCUGAAGAGCAAGUUCUGUGCUGUUCAGAUGACCGUGUAUAAAGCACCGUGCGAGUUAGUUAAUAGGCUCAGCUGUCUCGGUCGAGUAGAUUCUGCAGCUGUUUCUCUGGAAAACUUGCUUGGUAGGAUGUGAUAUGGUCACCCAUGCCCUGACUCUUCCUGCAAGACUUCGUGUAGUUGUAGUGCAACUAAAUUCGUUCUGUUCUGUUUGUCUUCCACGUCUUUUUUCAAAUGAAGUAUUUGUCUCUAUUAUGUUCUUAACAGUGGAUUUUUAAUGACUUUGCAAAUAAAAAAUAAUUAAAAAAAAAAGCUGGGA